AUGGCAGCCAAUUCGCGUCUGGAUGAUAAGACGAUCACAAAACAAGUUACAUUUUCCGUAGCCAAAGUAAUAAAUCAAAGCUUAAAAUUGAGAGUAUUUCCAUUAACUGUUACAGUUGAUAAAAUUUUAAUUAACCCUUCAAAUAAUCGCUUUAAUAAUAACAAGUUUAUUAUUGAAUUAUAUAGAAAAUCAGCAGAUUAUGAUGAAUGCAUAAGUGGCAAAACCAAUCAAUGCCUCAAAGAUGAGUUGUGCGUUAAUUUACUUGGCACUUAUACAUGUCGCUUUUGCCAGUCAGGAUACUGCUUAAACGGAGGCACGUGUAAAAUUAUACAGGAGAGGGCAAUUUGCGUAUGUAUUACUCCUUACCGUGGGCCAACAUGCAAUAUAGAAGGACUGAGAAUUUCUACUUCUUUCGGAAUUGGAAUGAUAUCAAUUAGUGGAGUAUUAUUCCUCUUCUUGAUGAUCCUUUGUGUUCGAGCUUAUAUCAAGAUAUUAAAUAGGAGAGAAUUAGAGAAGGAUUCAGAAGAGAAUCAUCACUCAGUAAGGUCGAGAGUUUUUAGCUCAACUCAUACCUACAAUAAAAGAAAUAAAUUUAAUUUCCAAUUAACUUCAGUAAAACAGAAGAGUAUGGAAAGUUCUGAGCUUAACCUCGAACCCAUUAAAGAAAUAGCAGGACGAAAUCAGGACGAAAAUCAAGUCAAUAAAUAG